UGAUAAUAACUGUUUCUAUUUUGUUUCAGAAGAUGAAAACGGAGGAUAAGAAUAACAUGCCAAAAGUUCGUAUAGCAGUGAUUGGCAAAUCAAACGUUGGAAAAUCAGCUUUGACCGUACGAUAUUUGACAAGAAGAUACAUCGGUGAAUACAGAAGCAACACAGAUCUUCUGUACCGUCAAACUCUGACAGUGAACAAUUCCGCUUUGGAAGUUGAGAUUGUAGACGUCUGCAGUUGCGACAUUCAAGCUUUUCCAGAAGAAGCGAUAUAUUGGGCGGACGCUUGUGUCGUCGUCUACGAUAUCACCUGCAGAGAUUCCUUCAACCAAGCCACUGAUAUGCUCCAAAGAGUGCUGCAACUGAGAAAUCAGAUCCCUAGGGUACUGCUAGGAAACAAGGCUGAUCUCGAACACCUCAGACAGAUCGAGGAAAUAGAAGGUCGUACCCUAGCGAUCCAAAACAAUUGCCAAUUCCACGAAGUGUCAGUGGCCGAAAACUCCCCCGUCAUCUACUCAGCUUUCGAUACGAUACUGAACGAAUGCCGUUCCGUCCAAUCGACUCAGAAAACUCGUAAGUUCUCCGUGUCCAAAAUGUUCGGAACCCUGAUCGGCAACACCAACAGCAAAGGUAUCGCUCCCACGAACCAGGGAGGCACCGUCGUUGUUUGCCACAAGUCCGACUUGUACAAAUCCAGAGUGAUCAGAAGAAGACAGAACUUCACGGCUACUGCGUCGCUGUGACUAUCGGUGAAGGAAGAGUUGGACGCUCGUUGAGAAAAAUUUUGAAGCCGCGGAAAGCGGCGUGGAAAAUUUGGAAUUCAGUGUUCUCCAGUUUUAUGGAGAAUACCAAAGUGGUAUAUUUGAAUGUAUAUAUUGUUAUAUACGAAGAACAAUAUACAAUAAUUAGAAUUGUGGAUGAGAUCCUUUGAGAGCUCGGGAUUCUUUGAAUCAAUGUAUUUCUUCAAUUGAUGUUAACAACCUCUCAACCGAUCUGAGGAAAAAUCGACCGAAAUACUUCACAAGAUUAUUCGGCUAACUACUGUUGAAUCGAAUUCGUGCAAUAAGUUUGGAUUUGAACAAAGAAUACAAAGCCCACAGAAGCUUAGAACUAGUAUUUUCGUGUACCCUGAAUUUUUUGUACUUACCGAAACCACCAGAGGGCGAUGUGAGUACGAUGUCAUAUUUAUCAUAUGUAUCAACAGAAUUGGGUAGCUAGCAGUCGCUGAAAACCAUUCGGCCAGAUAAUAUCGAAGUUGGGAUGUACGCCAAAAUUAAAUUUAAUCAAAAAGCAGACUGAUUUGUCAGCGACUGCUGCCCAGUUCUGUUGGUAAUCACAUUAAAUACUGACAUCGCCCUCUAGUGGCUAGGGUGAGUUCUGAAAAUUUCGGAGUGCACGAAAGUGUCAGUUCUGAGCUUCUAUGGGCUUUGAAUUCUUUGAUUUGGGUGAAUGCUUUAAGAUGUGAACUCGUCUAAAUAUUAAAUUUCGAAUGUGUUGAGAUGCUAGUUUAUCUGGCUGAGAAACAAAACUAAAUAUGCGUAUUAUUCAAAAAAUCUGUCCAAUCAUAAAACUUGACAAUAUGUUUAGUUUUGUAGUAAUUUCACUAAAGUGGAUCGAAUAUUGAAUUAGUUUGUUCCAGCUAGGCUGGUAGUAUUUAGGAGACGACGACUUUACGAAUCUCUUCAAAGCGAUUUGGAGUAGUUUGUGAGAACUCUGAGGAUAGACCAAAUAUUUUAUAAAUAUAUUUUAUAAUAUGUGUGUGCUAAAAACGGCUGUGAUAUCAUAUUGUAUGUUUUUUGUAUUGUCAAAAUGAUUUUCUUGUAAAAAAUGAAUCUAUUCAUGUUGAAUAAAUUUAUAUUAUUUAUUUA